GGGCAGCCACCUGGAGGGAGCGGUGCGCGCCCAGGGGAGCCAGCGAGCGGGUGGCGCCGCGGCUAGGCAAACGCUGCCGUGCAAAGUUACCAAAUUCACCAUUUGCUUCCAGGACCAGAUGUUCAAUCAGAAGUAAAAAUGGAGUUCCAGAAUGCAGCUAGCCAAAUUCCAGAGGAAAAAAUGAAGGGGGAAGAAAGAGACUCUCAAGUUUCUCAGGUUGAAGCUGCUAGGAAGUUACUGUCUGGUAUGGAUCCCCAACAAGUUAAAGGGGAACCAGAUGAGGAACUGUACGACAGCCAGGAUGGCCAGUGGCAGGAUUGCCAAAAGGCCAUGCAGCCUCCUCACUCAGAAAGUGGGAAACCCCAACUGCCUGGAUCUGUAGACUGGGACCAUAUUACAUUUUUUGCACCAUCUCCAGUGGACAACCAGGGGUCUAGACGGGAAGCCCCUCAGGUGCCAGAAAGUGCAGAAGAGAGAGAAGGAAUUCUGGAUAAGGAAGUUAUCCACCUGGAUGUACAGUGCCGACAGUUCCGGCAGUUUGCCUACCAAGAUGCCGAUGGACCCCGAAAGGUUUUCCGGCAUCUCCAGGAUCUUUGCCAUAAAUGGCUGAAGCCGGAGAGCCACACGAAGGAGCAGAUUCUGGAGCUGGUUAUCCUGGAGCAGUUCCUGGCCAUUCUACCUUCAGAAAUGCAAAGCUGGGUGAGGGAAGAUGACCCCACGACCUGUACCCAGGCAGUGACCCUGGCAGAGGAUUUCUUGCUGUGGAAGGAAGAGGGGGAAUUGCAGAAACAGGAGAUGUCGGAGACCUUGGAGGAGGUGGCUGUGAAAUCCUGCAAGGCAGAGCAGGCUAAGACGGCCCAGCUCUAUACGGAGGCCAAGCAAAAGAGUAAAGAGGCCAAAUUGCUAGGUGGUACACAAGCAGGUGCAAAAGAUCAACAGCCAGUUUGUCCAGAAGCAUCUAAGGGCAAGGAACUUGUCGGUGGUGUAUCCUUUGACAAAGCUCCAUGGAAUUUUUACCAGAUUUCUGAAACAGAAAACAUGCCUGGAAGUCGACAAGAUCCAGAGAAGCAUGAGAGAAACUACAGAAUGGGCAAUAAAGACAAACACUGCACGUGGGAUGAAACUCAUGAAAACAGUGAAAUCCUAAACAAAACUGCCUUGCUGGAGAGAAUCCAUAAGCAGAACAGGACACACUCUGGCCAAGCAAAUACCACUAGCCAAAAUCCCAACCUUCUUAAGCGUCAGAAAAUGUCAGUCGAAGGAAAAGCACAUCAAUAUACCAACAGUGGGACAAGCUUCAGUCGGAAAUCAGGCCUUCCACAGGAGAAAACAGGAGAUAAGCUGGAAACCGAUGCCUAUUGCGGAAAUAACUUUAGUUCAAUACAGCACGAAAGUAAUCAUCACAGAAUAGCUUCAGGAGAAAAGCCACACAAAUGUUCUGAAUGCGGGCACGUUUUCAGUCAGGGCACGGGCCUUCAUGAAGAUGACGCAGGAGAUAGGCUUUAUAUAUGCUCCAACUGUGGUAAAAGCUUUAUUUACAAAAAACAAGAAAGUACACAACCAGGAGAGAAACUGUACAACCCUUCAGAAAAUUGGACAAGUGCCCCACAGGCUUCUGACCUGCCUGCAGGAGAGAAACCAUAUACAUGUUCAGAUUGUGGGAAAACUUUCAGCUUUAGAUCGAGCCUUGUUCGCCAUCAGAGACUUCACACAGGAGAGAAACCAUAUAAAUGUUUAGAUUGUGGGAAACAUUUCAGUCAGAGUUCCAACCUUCUUAAUCACCAAAGGAUCCACACAGGAGAGAAGCCGUACAGCUGCACAGACUGUGGGAAAUCCUUCAGUAACAGUUCGAGCCUUACAUCUCAUGAGAGAACCCAUCGAGGAGAAAAGCCUUAUAAAUGCUCCAGUUGCGGGAAGAACUUCAGUUGUAAUUCAGUCCUUCGGAUACAUGAAAGAAUUCACACGGGAGAAAAGCCAUAUGAGUGUUCAGACUGUGGGAAGAGCUUUAGCCGGAGAGAAUUCCUGAUUGGGCACCAGAGAACUCACACAGGGGAGAAACCAUACGAAUGUUCAGACUGUGGGAAAAGUUUCAGCCAGAGAUCAAACCUUAUUAAUCAUCAGAGAAGCCACACUGGAGAGAAGCCAUUUGAGUGCUCAGACUGUGGGAAAAGGUUCAGUCAUAAGGCAUCCCUCCUUAAACACGAGAGACACCAUAUAAAGGUGCCAACUUCAGACAAGAGCAAGGUUCAGACCACUUUGCCCAUGGGAGAACAUACACAGGAGAUCAAACCGGAUCCGUGGUGAGCCUGCAGGCAGAGUGUACAUGACCUACAGAAAACUCAUACAGGGAAAAAUCUGUCAGCUUGUGCUGAGUUCUUCAGUCUGGGCUGACCCUUGUUCAGCUUGAGAAAAUCUAUGCAGAAAAGAAUCUGUGUUGCUGCUCAGAUUGCAGGGAAAUCUUUGUGGAUAGGCCCUGCUUCCGUUCAACUCUUAAAGGUUUUUAAAAAAUCUUCUAAUCACCUCUGAAAGCAUCCAAGGGACCCAUUUGAUCUGAAGGCUACUGUUCCCAGUUUGCUUUAUGCACCUUCAUCGUUGUGGCAUCUUGUGGCAUUCUCUGUGGCAGCACUGUCAUUUCCCGAGCUCAGUGUCAAAUGUGUCUGAAGCUUUUGUGUGUUUCCUUAGCCUGAAACGCUAACCAAGCUGCAGAUGCUGUCACAGGAGUUGUAGGUUAGUGGUUAAAGCAGCAAUCCUCCAGCUUGUGCACAUUGACAGCUGUGUGAGGACUAUUGCCCAGGAGGUCCUGAUAUAAAUUUCACCUCUUCCAGCAGUUGCCUCAGUACUUGAAAUUGUCCAGGCCAAGUCUAUCCUGUGUCCUUUUCUCAAGAAUCCCUGCUGCACCUUUCCCCCUAUUUUUCGUAUUGGUACACAAGCCAGACCCAGAAGCAGCAGCCAUGGCUAGAUAUAAAUGGCCUGGCUGAGCCACAGCCUCCACAGGUAGCUGGUAGGGAGGUUUUUGCUGGAGACCUUAAGGGAGCCACACCACAUGUUCUGGGCAUGUAAGGUGCAGAAUUGUGGCCGUAUAACUCACAAUGAGAAGUUUUUAAUUUUGUCUCAGCUGCAAACUCCAUAAGGUUGGCAGGGUGGGGGUGGUGAUUGUCAAGCCAAAGGAAUGAGAAGUUUUUUAAAAAGGCAUUUAAAUAAAUUCGUCCACCUGCUGAGCCAUCAGGUCUGAGGUAAUAAGGUGGGGUACAAAUAUUUUAAAAGAAUGAACGUGGAAAAUAAAAUGCAUCAUGAUUAUUGAGGUAACAUAUAUGAAGUGCUUGGAAUGCUGAAGCAUUGUAUAAGUACUAGAUAGCCACAUUUAUUUACCCACCAUCCUUCCCUGAACACAUACAGUUGUUUAUAUGCAUUUGGACCAGGACUCUGUCUAGUUCAGGCUUGUCUGCUCUGUUAGGCAGUCUCUAGGAUGUCAGGCGCAGAGAGGUUUUUCACAUCACCUACUACCUGAUACUUUUACUGGAGGAGGCAGACAUUGAAUGUGGAGCCCUUCCACAUGCAAAAUGGGUGCUCUGUCCCAGAGCCAUGGUCUCCUUCCAUUUGUCUCAGCUUCUUGUAUGGGAAACAGCAGAAUCAUCAUGUCUGCUUCAGAGGCAUCGUGGUGCUUGGUUCUACAUGUCAAACACUCAAUAACAAGCAUGGUCAGAAACGUAAUGCAGCUAGUGUUUUGUGCUGAGCUGUCUGUAGCAUUGCCAACUCCAGCUUGGGAAAUUCUGGGGAACUUGGAGACAGUGCCCAGGGACAGGAGUGAGAGUUCAGAGCUCAGCAGGGAUUAAUAGCCUGCAGACCACCGUCGGUUUUCUCUAAGGGAACUGAUCUCUAUAGCUUGGAGCUCAAUUGUAAUUCCAGGAGAACGCCAAGGCCCACCUGGAGACAGGUAACUGUACACCUGUGACUGCACUAUGUAAGUGUAAAGUCUGGUAAUAGUGAGCAUCCAGAGAAUCUGUUUUCAUUUAAAAAAUAAUCUAUUUUCUAGUCCUUCAGGUGUUCAAGUACAUAUAAGUAGGCUAUGUCUGGCGAAACUUCAGGGAGGCAGGUCUGGAUAGUAUUUUCAGUAUUUAUGGAUGGGAUUUCAGUGCCCUUCACAGGUCUCUGCUCUUCUCUAUAAUUAAUAGUGGUAGAAUCAUCAUAAAAGGAUAACAAGGGUUACAAGCUUUAAUUGGUUUAGUAGGUAGAGUGAUUGACUGAAUCUUUAGUUGGUUAAACAGUAGGAGACCAUUGUGAUUGGUAAAGGGUAAAUCUUAAUCAAUAGGGUCUGCUAGUAAAAAAAGUACUUACUUGAUUUGGGGGUGCGAUUUGGAAGCAAUUUUGGUUCUGUUGUGAGAGUGAAAAAGAAAACAUUAAAAGAUGG